AUGUCAACGACCGUGUCCACGACCGGCUCCGACGAGGAAGCGAAGAGGAAGCGGGAUAAAGUGGGAGAGUUCCUGCAGAAGAAUCUCACAAAGGGUGAGCUCGCUCUCAAACACGCCAUCGGCCUCGGCCACAAGCCCAAUGUCGUUCCCGUCACGCAGCCCAUCCUCAACGGCCCGCCCCGGCCGGUCGAGGUCGGAUGGCACCCUGUCGGCGGCCUCGCCGGAAAGUGGUUCGCGGAGGACACCGGCCUAGGGAAGAUGAUCACGGAGAGGAUCAGGUACUACCCGGACCCGACGCAGCAUUGGGCCGUACUCGUUGGAGAGUAUGCGCACCAGCUCUGGAUGGACGAGCAGUUCCAUGUCAUCUACACCAACGAGAAGGUCAAGCGCGAAGAGUGGCGUACCUUCCCGGUGGGUGAGACACGUUUUAAUGAUGAUGCGCUGCGGCGAGCUGGUGAAUCUGUGAUUCAAAGCAUUAGAGAAAGGCAGCCUACCUACAAUCUCAUCACGAACAACUGCCAGACAUACGCCUUGGAGCUACUCGAUGCCAUUAAAGUUGACGGCCACAAGGAUUUCGGUACCACCCUCGCCGUCUACGAGAGACUCACCGGCCACGGCAAGGUCAUGGACCUCUUCGCCACCCCAGAGCAACAGCAACAACAGCAGCUCGCCGCGAUUCAAGGCCCGCCAUCACAACUCGCGCUCCCCGCGCCACCAAGUCAACCGACGACACCGCAAUAUGGCACGCCGCCACCACUCUCCCCUCCAUACGGAACACCGCCCCCAGGCGCGAUGUACCCACCUCCAGGACCUCCCCCUCCCGGACAUCCUCAUGGACCUCCUCCCGGUCCCCCGCCUCCCGGACCGUACCCCUACGGAUACGCCCCACCACCUCCAGGUCACUCCCCAUACGGCACGCCAACUCACUCCUGGGGACCAGGAUCUCCGCCUCCAGGCCCGCCGCCGGGGAUGCACAACCACCCGGCGUACGGGCCCAUCACACCGCCCCCGGGUUCUCAUCCAUACAUCCCCGGCUCGCCGCCACCAAGCAUCUCGUACACGCCUGGUGCGACAAACGCAGGCACCGUCUCAUACGCUCAGCAGCUUAUGCAUGACAACACGACGCAGCUCAACACCGAGGAGCAAGCGAAGAAGCACGAUGGUGAGAGGGGGAUGAAGGGGGAUAAGAAGAGGAAGAGUUUCUUCUCUCUUUCUCGGUUCACGAAAAGUUGA